ACUCACGUUCACCGGAACUUGAAUUGGCUGGUCUUUUUGAUAUUUCCGGUUAGGGUAGACUGCCUGAAGAUUGGUGAAUGUGAACGUUAAGGUGGAUGCUUUGUGUGUGUGUGUGUGUGAGUGAGAGAGAGAGAGAAGCGAGAAUAAAGCUACACUGUAAUAAUGUUUUUAGUGCUCAGUGCCAGUCGGACACAGUGGCCCUCUGAGCAAACCGCCCUGACUGACAGCUAGAGUCGGAGCUGCUUCCUGUUACUUGUUAAAUGGAAAAUAAUUUCAAUUUAAUGUACUUUAUUUAGACGUUUUGUCUGUCGUUGGGCUCUGUUUCUGCACCUCGUUAGCUAACUAAUGCUAUGCAUUCACUGAGAGUUCCUCGGGUAUCUGCCUGACACUUGGAUCACCAUGGCCGUGACUCAGUUUCGCCUGUUUAAGAUCUGCACAUGCCUAGCAUCUAUCCUGUCAUUCUUUAAAAGGCUCAUAUGCAGAACUGUAAGAUCACGCAAACGAAGUGGAGAUCAGAUCACUCUCCCUACUACGGUUGAUUUUUCCUCUGUACCCAAAGAACCAGAGAUAGAGGAGUGGAGUUCAUGGGAUGAAGAGGCUCCCACGAGUAUAAAGAUCGAGGGAGGUAAUGGAGCUGUUCCAUCCCAGCAGAACCAGAUUGAGGAUGAAGAGCCAGAUUAUUUUAAAGACAUGACUCCUACUAUCAGGAAAACACAAAAAAUUGUCUUGAAGAAAAGGGAGCCUGUGAAUUUCUCUCUCCCUGAUUCAACACUGGGCUUCUCCAGCAGACUGGCUGUUACUCAGGAUAUGUCAUUUAUCCAGCCUUCGGCAGAGCUGGGAGACUUGGAAACCUGGCAGGAGGACCCGAAUGCCUGGGAGGAUGAGUCUGAUGCUUCGUGGGAGGCAGAAGAAGUGUUAAGACAGCAGAAGUUAGCAGAGCGGGAGAAACGUGCCAUGGAACAGCAGAGAAAGAAAAUUGAGAAGGAGGCACAGAGAAUGAUGAAGAAGGAGCAGAAGAUUGCAGUGAAGCUUUCCUAACAUUUUUAGGCAGCACUGGACAUGAAAAAGAACCCCAAAUUAUUGUCCACCAACAUCUUUCAUCAUUUUUAUUCUCAGUUCAACAUGCCCAAUUUUCAACCAUCAUAUGUGAAAUCCUAUUGAUUUUUCUCGAGUUUUACUGAUUUCUCGAGUUUUUUCCUUUUAUUCUUUGUAUAGAAUUAAUUGUACCCUUUUAUUGAGAUCACUUAUAGUUGGGACAUUGCUAAUAGUACACACACAGAAGAACGUGGAACUUUAGCAUGUCUGUAUUUAUAUAUAAAAGAAAGGACUGUAAUGUGAAUGAGGAAUAACUUUCUCAUCCUUUUUUAAUUAUUUGUGGAAAACAUAUUUUGGGAUUGAGACAUUGCAGAAAAUGGCAGUUUUUAAAGGGCCAACACUCACAGAAGGUGGUCACCUGAAUGUGACAAAAAGUAGUUUGAAGAACAUCCCUGAAAAUACAUUGUGCUUGGAAAGCGACCUGUUUUUGAAUGUGUGUGUGUGUGUGUAAUGGAGUGCAUGACUGAAGCCAAUAUUUAAUGUAGUGUGGGUGGUAAAAUGUUGGUUGCCAUGGAAACAUGGCAGUUUUUCUUUUGCCAAUCUUGGACUGUCAUCCUAAGCUUCUCUUCCGUCUUUAUUCAUCUUAAAUUUUACAACAAUCAUUGCAGUAGCAUAUAAUGCACUGGGUACAGCUUCUAUUCAACACAUGCCAUAUGUAGCACUCUUCUGUAUAAAACUGUACCCAAGUGUAUUUUUUUUCCCUCCAUUAUUUCUACAAUGAUUAUUGGUAACUACUGUAAGGUGAUAGGAGAUGGUUUUGUGGAUGGGAAAAGAAUUAUUGUCAUGAAUGGUUUUAGGUGCAGGUCAUUUAUAAUGCUUAUUUUAUUAAAAAAAAUUGUUUCAGGGGUAAAUAAUUUAAAA